UAGAAAAUGUUAUUCCUUGAAAGGCAUGAAAUACUAAAUAGGUACCUCUCUUAUUCUUUCAGCAGUAUAGAACUAAGUGCUAAAACUUCUAAGUAUUAGAAAAGCUCAAUCGUGCUGAAAAAUUUCUCCAAUGAAAAAUAAAUUUUAUGGGCAAAACAUGUACAAAGUAUUCUAGGGCAAGGUAAACAUAAUUCACUGGAUACCAAAUGAACAAUAUAUUCUAAAUGAGUAUUUAUUCUACAGUGGUUAAAAACAAUUUACUUACUUUUACUUCCUUUCCUUACUUCACAGUGGCAGAUACACAACCCCCCACUUUCUUGUAGCAGCUUCCUAGCAAUCCUUAUGAACACUAUGUGACAGUAAGUUUCUAAGCCACUUAUCAGACCCAAGUAAGUAGAUCUUUGAAAAGGCUUGACUUCCUAAUCCCGCAAGCAGUAACUGUACUGUCUUUUAAACGCCACCACUGUACAGUUGUUCAAAAGUCAACAGGACAAAAUCUACUUCGUAUCAGAAAAAUGAUCAAUUAUUGAAAAACAAAUGUUAGAAGGCAGGAGCUGCUAUGAGGUGCAAAGGGGUCUUCUGAAUUGCAGUGGCAAUCGGAUCCGAAGGUCCUCACUCCUGUCUAUUUUAUUUGUUUUGGAAGCUAACGGAAAAGGGCAAGGAUGGUGGAAGCUUUCUGUGCUACCUGGAAGCUGACGGACAGUCAGAACUUUGAUGAAUACAUGAAGGCUCUAGGUGUGGGCUUUGCCACUAGACAGGUGGGAAAUGUGACUAAGCCAACAGUGAUCAUCAGUCAGGAUGGGGACAAAGUGGCGAUCAGGACUCAAAGCACAUUCAAGAACACAGAGAUUAGUUUCCAUCUGGGAGAAGAGUUUGAUGAAACUACUGCAGAUGACAGAAACUGUAAGUCUGUCGUCAGCCUAGAUGGAGACAAACUCAUUCAUGUACAGAAACGGGAUGGCAAAGAAACAAAUUUUGUAAGAGAAAUUAAGGAUGGCAAAAUGGUUAUGAUUCUUACUUUUGGUGAUGUGGUUGCUGUUGGCCACUAUGAGAAAGCACAGAAAGGUUCCUGAUCUGGACCUGGAGAAGCUCUACAAUGUUUGUGUUUUCUCAAGUCUCAGUGCUAUCCUAGUACAGCAUGGGUGAUCACUAAUUAGAAGUUUAUCCUUGGUGUGGAGGUGGAAAAUGGUGAUUUAAAAAUUUGUUACU